ACUGAAAUUGCACGCGAAAUCAAGAAGAAUCUCUACGUCGACAUCAUCUUAUCGGCGAGCCAAGAAAAAGAAGCCUUGAAUAAAUGCGAAGAAACAAAAUCAAUUUUCAAGGAUGCGUCAAUGAACGUGCGAGAAUUCUUUUCAAAUGACCAGACAUUCAACGCCAAUAUACGCCCAUCAAAAUACGCAUACGUCGCUACUCUUUGCCAAAUUACGAAUAGCACCGAUCAAAGGAAUGAUGAUAUCAAAGCUAGAAUUACCAGCUAUUCUCAUCGGUGUACGCGCAGCUCAGCAGUUUUCAUCAAACAAAUGGAAUUAGAAAAUCCAAAGCAGAUAUUGCUACCAGAGGAACCAUUCCAACCCGACUCAUUUGGUCACGAGCUUUGGUGGAGCGGGCCCACAUUGAUCAAUGGUGAUGAACGGAAUUGGCCGUACGAUGUUCCACAAGAAGAGGACAACGAAGAACAUGGGAAUAUGAUAGCAACAGCAAACACAGAAGAAAUCAUCAAUACAAAACGAAUCAAUCUUUUGGAGGCAAAUUGA